CCCAAUUUUUAACUCCAAAAAUAGACACUUUGCAUAAUUAAUGACAAUUUUUUCAAGUGUUGUUCCUCCAUUAUUGAAUUAAGAAAAUACUUAUUCAUAUACAGUACGAUACAAAUCUCCCACGCUUGACGCUUAUCGUCACUUCUAUAAGUUAAGAGGCAUCACACAGCAUGUGGUAAUCAAGUAGACUCUAUGGUUAUGGUAAUGGAGUACUCUUUAUUGACAAUCAUCUCCUCACAAAGGAGGUAUCAACUUACAUGCUUUAAUGCUUUCUGGCUUCUCUUUCUCUUCACUGUCCUCUCCACAAUCUGUGUCUCAUCUUCUACAACUCCACCCUCUUACCCUGAUCACUGUGAUUCAAUUGUUCCCGGGUCCACCCCAACCGAUCCCGACUACACCACCUUGCCACAUCUCCUCCGUAUACCCAACGGUCGCUACACUGGUGGUGACAAAAUUCUUGUUAACACCUCGUCUGAUCAAUUCUACUUUGAUUACGCCAAGUAUCUCUCCUUUCGUACCACCCGAAAAGUUUAUAAAACCAAAGCCAGUGGUGUUUAUAAGAUUGAGGCCUACUUGACCUUCUCCCAAUCUUACUAUCAUGAUUAUCGUUCUGGGAGAGGUCCACUGAAAUUCCUAUUGAAUGGAUUCUGGUCUGAAUCUUCUGGGAAGCUUUGCAUGCUGGGGUCGGCAUCUUGGCACUCAAGAGAAGGUAACUCUCUCAAACUUGACGCUGUUCUUCAGCUUAAUUUUGCCAAGAAUGCAACUAUCUUUACUAGUUUGGUUAAUGGAACAUUGGAGAGCUUGAGUUCUUCUCAUGAUUCGAAUUAUUUUGAUCCAGUUUCAAUAUUGGCUUUCCCUUCCAUGAGUUACUACAAUUAUACAUUGGUUUCGAAGGAAUUAGAUAGUGGGUUCCCUGAUGGAAUUGAUAUUCCACAUAAUCAUUCUCUUGGAUUGCAACCGGAAAGUAUUUGUUCAACGCACUCCAGGCAAUUGCCGCAAUUCCCUCCAUUUAAGUUGGAGUAUGCCAGCGAGUGCAAUUCUUCACAUAAUUGUACUCCUUUUGGCAAGGAUAUUGGGUAUUUGCCUACUUUCAUGUCCUUUUCUGAGAUUCAGUGUUCUCAGCAUUUACAAAAGUUAAGGUAUCUGAUAGAUUUUUCAAAUAGAAGCUAUGGGCUUUAUAACCAACCUUUCAAUUCCAACACGACGUUGGUUGCAGAAGGAUCAUGGGAUGGAAAGAAGAACCGGCUAUGCAUCGUUGCUUGCCGGAUCUUGAAUUCCUCUGAUUCUUUGGGAAAUGCUCGUGUUGGGGAUUGUUCAACUAGGUUGAGCUUGAGAUACCCUGCAGUCUGGUCAAUCAAACAAAGGGGUAUUGUUGGGCAAAUUUGGAGUAACAGAACUGCGAAUGAUUCUGUCUACUUCCAUAGGAUCAGUUUUGGAGGCUUUUCCCAUCACAUGUUGGGUGUUCCUGGUUUGGGGUAUGAUUACACUGAAAUGGAUAGAGUAAAAAAGUUAUGUCCAGUAAAGAAGCCUUUUGAAAACAAAGGGCUGAGAUACCCAAUUGCAGAUUCUUAUGAUAUGAGAUUCCGCAUGUCGGUAAAAGAUUCAAAAGGAAGAAGUUCUUGGGGUUCUGCAGACCCCAUCUCUGUGGGUGAUCAGUUUUAUGAGCAUGGGAAUGUUAUUUUCGGUUCAAGCUCUAUGGCUGACGAAAGCUCUGCAUUUGAGGCAGAAGCCAACUAUAUUAGACCAUCAAAUAUCAGCUAUAACAUAAUGUUUUAUCCGUUUGCUGGUGAAAUACAUGAUCCGAGUACUGAUGGUGAAGUGGAAAUUUCUGGUGAGGGGAUCUAUGAUGAGCAAACAGGACACCUCUGUAUGGUCGGCUGUAAAAAGCUGGGUUCAUACAUUCAGGAGUCAACAAAUGAUCAUAUGGACUGUGAAAUUCUUUUGAAAUUCCAGUUCCCUCCACUUAAUUCAAAGAAGGGAGAUGUUAUUAAGGGAAGCAUUGAAAGCACAAGGAAACAUUCAGAUCCUCUUUUCUUUGAACAUUUGAACUUCUCCGCAACAGCUUACUAUACUAGUGAAGCUAGACGAUCCAUCUGGAGGAUGGAUUUGGAGAUCAUAAUGGUUUUAAUCUCUAACACACUCGCAUGUGUCUUUGUGGGGUUGCAAAUCUUUUAUGUCAAAAAGCGCCCUAAUGUGCUUCCCUUUACUUCACUUGUCAUGCUUGUGAUCCUUACUUUGGGGUACAUGAUUCCUCUUCUGCUCAACUUUGAAGCCCUCUUCUUCAAAAUUCAUAAUGGGCAAAAUAUGUUUCUUAGGACCGGUGUAUGGCUUGAAGUGGAUGAGGUGACCGUGAGGAUAAUUACAAUGGUGGCUUUCCUACUGCAAUUCCGUCUUCUCCCGCUAGCAUGGUCUGCACGAUUAGGUGAUGGAAACCAAAAGGGCCUGUGGGUUGCUGAAAUGAAGUCACUAUUUGCGACUCUAGCAUUCUACAUUUCAGGGGCACUUAUGGUGUUGUUCGUGAAUUGGAUGAAGAACAAAAAUGGCAACACAACGGUGUCUUCUCACGUUGCUGUUUACCAACAACAUAACCUCUGGGGAGAUUUGAGAUCUUAUGGUGGUUUGGUCAUUGAUGGUUUUCUGUUCCCUCAAAUCCUUCUCAACAUUUUCCAAAUGUCAAGAGAAAAUGCUCUCUCCCGUUCAUUUUACAUUGGCACUACCUUUGUUCGAUUGCUGCCACAUGCAUAUGAUCUUUACAGGACUCACUUCGUUCCCCAGCAAUUUGACGGGUCAUACAUUUACGCGAAUCCUACUGCAGAUUUCUAUUCCACUGCUUGGGAUGUGAUCAUCCCUUGUGGGGGUAUGUUCUUUGCAGUGAUCAUCUCCUUGCAGCAGCGAUUUGGGGGUCGUUGUAUCCUUCCUCGGAGGUUCAGGGAAUCGGAAAUGUAUGAGAAGAUUCCUGUAGUCAGCAAUUGGUAAUUGCUAAGGAUAUCUAGCAUUUCAACUUUCUGUCAAGUGUUUGCUACUGUUGGCUUCUUUAUGUAUUGUUGGCACAUUAGUUUGUGUUUUACUAUUAUAGGCUUGCUUAAUUUAUAAUGUGUGUAAAAGUUGUAUCUUUAGCUGCACAUGUUUAUCAGAGAAGCAAGCAAGCUCAGGUGUUUACUUACUGUUGGCUUCUUUAGGUAUUAUUAGACUAUCUCUAAUGCAAAAUGUUAUUUUUGUAUGUCAAAUCUAUAUUUUGAGAAGAGAUACAGUGUCAAAAUACUAUAUUUUAGCAA